AGAGGGAAGAUCGAGAGGAGAAACCCAAAUUUCAUACCGGAUUAAAUACACUUGAAAACCACACUCUUGCCUGUGCCGAAAGUCACAACUUCGAACUCCCCAUCUUGUAUUGGUGAUUCAAGCUCACUUGGAAAUCCAAAGGGAAUCCAUUUGGGGCGUAAGUGCCUGGCUCUACACGAAGAAGACCUUUCACUUCAGUUUGCACUUGAAGUCUGACCACCCUUGAGGAAUGCAGUGUUAAAAGAACGCAUAUGCAGGUGGAUCCCUCUCCAAUGAAUAUAGGGGAUGGAGGUACAGUGAGCCGAGAGAGCGGAGCUCCAUCCAGAGCAUCCGGGACCAUGGUGGGCAACCCCCCGCAGACACUUCCCCCUGAGCUCCGAGGAGACGUGCCGCACAGCCAGCAGGGAAAGCUGAGGACCGCCCCCGACUGCAAGACACCGGACGCGUGUUCGGAGGCCACUCACUCCAACUACUGCUCUGACGCCCUUCCCCCGUCCCAGAAGGGCCAUCAUACUCCGGUUCCGGGCUCCCCGGCCAUGAAUUCCACUUUACACGAGAGGGCGGAGUGCCACAAGGCCAAGGCCGACGGCAACGCUGGGGUCUACCCUGCUCUCCCGUGGACUGGCGGGAAAAAGGCUGCCGUGGAAGGCCCUGUGAAUGCAAGUCAUGGGGGAAUGGGCUUGAACAAGAAUAAGAACUGUGCUCCAGCCCCCUCGGUCAUUAGCCUCCCCCCAGGCUUCCAGUGUUCCACGCUGUUCCUCUCCUCCACCAACUUCACCUCCCCACUCUGUAAGAUCACCCUGCCUCCGGGCACCGGGCAGAUCGCUGCACUGAGAAAGGCCACGGCCAGCCAGUUCCAGAAGGUACCUGAGGGUGCCCAGCAAGCCCCUCAGAGCACCCAGAGCCCAGGCGUGGCUCCUCUGCUGCACACGUACCCAUACCACUUCCAAGCGGGGCGAGGCCCUGCGUCCGAAAAGAGACCCUCGACAAAGCUCCGAUGCGACGCGUCCAGCAGCAAAAACUCUAAGCUGGGGACAGAGCAAAAGACUCCCGCCGCCUCUGCCGUGUCCCCCAGCAUCACCGUCCCAAUUCAGCCCCAGCCGCCCUCUUCUGCACCCCCAACGCGCUUCACUAUCUCCCCCUCGGCUGCCAUCUGUUGCAGCCCUGCACUGGCCAAUGUUACCACUCCAAGUAAGUUACUGAACCUCAUGGACAAAGGUCCUGCCUACCGCAGUGCUGAUAAGACACCAUUAGCGUAUUUGAAACUGAAGUCUCCAUCCACCACAGAGGAGCACGCUGUCGGGUGCUCCGUCGAGGAGAGGGAUGUACCUCUGGAUCUGUCCUCCAAGUCCAAACGACAGAAGAGCCACGCCAGUGAACUCCAGAGCAACGCUGCACCUGCCACCGAGCAUCGCCCAAUCGAGGGUAAUCAAAAGAAUGUCCCAAAUACCCUGAAAAGGACCCAGGCCACUGGUUUUGGUUCAGCUCCAUAUUCCAUUUUGCCGGACACCCAGAGAAAUGGCUCUAAUCCAAAGCCCCCUUCAUCCAAGCUGUUCAACCAUCAAACACUUGAGCCAGCAACGUCCUGGUCCAAACAUUCAACCAUCAACACCAUACCCGGGACCUAUGUUGGUGUUGCUAGUCCAAUUCUAGCUUCAACUCUACGCAGCAAAGACGGUAAAGGGGCAGCUUUUGUGGAAGACCUCCAAAGUUUUGCUAAGCAGGAGACCAUCUCCAUUGUGGACCAAGGGGAGCAACUUUCUUCUCUUGGGAAGGAGCCGCCAUUUGCGGCGAAAAGCUCCCAGCACAGCAAAAGCGUUAAACUCCCAAACAGCACUAGCUCCGUUGGAGCACAGGCGUAUCCCUCCAAGGACACUCUCCCCUCGGGUCUGUCACCUCCGGCCAACUCGCACCUCCAUCGGAAGGGUGCCAGCGGCAAGGCCCCAAUCUCGUACCCUCCCGCUGGCAUCAAGCCGCUGUGGGAAAAACCUGCUGUGCUCCCUCAGGGGACCUCGGUCCAGCGAAAGGCCGUCCAGGGAAGUCCCAAAACCAAGGCGGCAGCUGGCUGUGAGGGAACCGUGUUCCACCCUCCUCCCAAGCUGGAGGACGAGAAGUGGGGGAAAAAUAAUAAGUCUCCUCUGUCGAACUUGGAGUCCAUAGUCAAGCAGAAGGCCCUGGAGACCACAGCUCUCACUGGUGAGACGUACUGUGGGCUGUCCUCUGUUGGAUCCCGGAGAACAGAGAUAACAAGCCCUCUCACAGGGUGCCAGAACUCUCCGCUGCAGCCGCCAGCCACUGUUGGAAUCCCACCUUUCCGACCAGUAGAGAGGAGGGACUCGAAGCCCGAGAGAACCUCCUUUACAGGGGAGCUAAUGCAAACCAGCAAACGCCCAGAGAAACUGCUAGCUGCAGGGCAGAGAGAGAACAGUACGGACAAGCGCGGGAAGUCGGAGGAGAGCAAGGCGAGCAAGGAAAGCGAAGCACCCAGCAAAAAAUCCUGGUCGAGCCAAUUGUCUAGUGGCGACAGCCAGGGCAGCAGGGAGGAGAUGGAGAAAGAUGUAGCUGAGAAAAGAACAGGAGAGAUUGAGAAAGAUGAGAAGUCAGCAGCCCAGAAGGAGCCCUCAUCACAAAUAAAGGUGGAGGGCAUGGCACUGUCCAUGCUCCAGGGUCAACCCGCUGCGGAGACAAAGGUGGAGAGGAGAACUAACGGCACCAAAGAAGCCUCCGCUUUCAGUGACAGAGGCACUGUGGGCAAACAGAGGAAGGCCAGUCCGAAAAAGGCAGGGAAGGAGAAAGCAACACCAGAGAGGCCGAAGAAAACCCCUACUAAGAGACCACUGGACAAGGACAGCCCUAAUGCAAAGCAAGGGAAUAUCCUCAAGAAGAGGAAGGUGCCGCCCGCAGUACCAGACCAGGGCCAGGAGAAGGAGGCGUCCACCCCACAGCCAGAGGAGGGAGCGAAGCGGCGGAAGGGGAAGACGGCUGACCCUACCUUGGCACCAGAGACCCCUGGACCAGCUUCCAGCAAAGCAGGUGCUGAGAGCACCCCUGCUACCGGUCCCAGGGGCCCCACAGAUAAUCAGGCAUCCCACAACAGCCCCAGCCGGCCGGGUAAGGAGGCGCCCACCUCCCUCGACACCCCCAGCUCCAGGCCGAGGAGGGGCAGACGCCGCUCGGAGGAGAUGCUACAAAGCGACUGGAGCUUUGCCGCCGCGUCUCCUCCCCCUCCUCCUCCCCCUCCACCACCCGCGGAACCCCCCACCGCCACACCUCCGCCCCAGGCGAGCACUCCCGUGGUCCCCGUGCGCAGACCCCGGGGCAGGCCGCGGCUCAACCCGUUGCCGGAGGAUGCCGAGCUGGGGAAGGCGAGGCCGCCGCCGCCGCCGCCACCGCCCCCCGAGGCCGAGACGCCCGCCAUGAAGAAACGACGGAGAUGCAGGAAUAGGAAGUACCAGAACGGGGAGUACAUCACGGACAAGCACAAGGCCACGGAUGGCGAGAGGGAAGAGCGGUACACCUCAACCAGACAGAGCGCUCGAGUGGGAACAGAUGCGAGGACUGGCAUGUACCCACGCCUCAGUGCCACACUGACCCGCCGAUCACCGAGCCCAGACCUCAGUCCCCGGAGACCUCUGUUCACGCGCUCCGGGUCCAUCCGCCGCCAGGACGGCCAGAGCCCCGCGGACUCCCCCGACAAGCCGGCGGGCAAGAGGAAGUUCAAGAGCAAGCAUUUAAUCACGGACUCCGAAGACCAGAAGAAGCUGAAGACCAAACGCGGAAGCCUGGGCAAGGACGAGGAGAGCCCUGUGGCCAAGAAGCCAGGGGGCCCUUUGGCCUCUCCCAAGGGGCUGCCCUCGCCGGUGCCCGUCAGGAAAGGCACCUCGGGGAGGGGAGGAGUGGCUCCUGAGUCGCCCCCAGGUCGCCCCGUUCCCCCCGAAGUCCGACGGCUGAUUGUCAAUAAAAACGCCGGGGAGACUUUGCUUCAAAGGGCUGCCCGCCUGGGGUACCAGGACGUGGUUCUGUACUGCCUGGAGAAAGACGCACAAGAGGUCAAUCGGCGUGACAACGCGGGCUACACGGCGCUCCACGAGGCGUGUGCCCGCGGCUGGACGCACAUCGUGCAGCUGCUCCUGGAGCACGGGGCCGACGUCAACUGCAGCGCACAGGACGGCACACGGCCGAUUCAUGAUGCGGUGGCGGCCGAUAACCUCCCUGCUGCGUGGAUUCUGCUCCACCACGGGGCUGACCCCACCCUGGCCACCUACUCUGGGCAGACUGUGGUCAAGCUGGCCCAGAGCCCAACGAUGAAGAGCUUUCUCAAAGAGUAUUUCACUGACUUGGAGGGCCGCGCAGACCAGGACCCCGGCCUUCCGUGGGAGUUCUACAGCAGCGCGGUGUUCGAAACGGACGGGGACCCGUGCUGGGACUUCCUGCUGUCCGGGCCUGAUGAGGACGACGGUGGGUCGGAGUCCGGCCGAGACAAGGAUUCGGACGCUGACUGCUUGCUGUUUGAGUUCUCCUCUGAGCCACUCUUGCCCUGUUACCAUGUACAAGUAGCACUGACACAAGGGUUCUGCAACUGGUUCCUGUUAUCCGACGUCCUGAAGCGGCUGAAGAUGUCGGCUCGGAUCUUCCGGGCACGCUACCCGCACUUGGAGGUGGCAAGCAUCCCCAAGGUGGAGCUGAAGAAGCAGGUGUCCAUCAGCCAGACCAACUCACCGCCCACGGAGCUGCACGCGGACGAGGAAGACGAGGAGAGGGAGGAGGAGAAGGAGGAGGAGCAGGAGGAGGAAGAGGAGGAAGGGGAUGAGACGGGCAUGCUGGUGGAUCUUGUGCGCUGCGUGCCUGAGCUACAAGGACUGUUAGGCUCCUCCAUCCAGCUCCUCCGAGCAGAUGACGAGGACGAUGAGGAGGAGGAGGACGAGGAUGAAAAGAAGAAGAAGAAGAAAAAGGAGAGGGAGAGAGCAGAGGAAGAGCGUGAGAGGAGGAAGAGGAGGAGUGACAGCACCAGACUGUGUAGCCGGUAGCUGUACCUCUCACCCCCCCCCCCCCCCCCCUCCCCCGUGCCCCAGCUGAACCCAAACCUGAACGGAAUCUAAACCUUUAACCCAAACCCUGCCAGAGCUCGACCUCACUCCCCAGGCUUCUCCAGAGAGCACUAGAUCAAAACGAACCUGUGACAGAAGUGCCGUCCGUUAUUGUGACCUUGGGAAAAGACGAGUUUAUCCCACGUCGGGUCAGGGUGUGUGUGUGUGCGUGUGUGUGUGUGUGUGUGUGUGUGCGUG